UUGAGAAAAUAAAACAAAACAAAAAAAAAUAUAAAAUUGGUACGCAACAACAUUUUUUGGCGGUUCACGGCGGGGGGCGAAAAGGUGGGAGUUUCUAACGGCGUUAGAAAAAAAGCUCUUCUUCUUCUGCGUCGCGUUGUCUCCGACUCAUAUUUGCUCAGUGCGUUAGGUUUAAGGUUGGAUGAUAGAGAGACACUUGACUUUCUCUUACGAUGAGUACACGAAGAAAUGGCAUUUCCAGACAUCAGCGAGCUGACAACUCCCGUGGUGAAGGAGGAGGAGGGCCGAACUGGAUCCUAAUUGCAGGGGGUGCCUUGUUGAGCACUUUGUCUAUACGCUUUGGCUACAAGUUAAAGCAGUCUGUUCCUCCACAUUCUGAUGCCAAUGGGACAUCUGACAGAGGAAAAUCUCGAGGAGGAUGCUGCUGCUUGCAUUCUAGCUCAUCUUCUUGUGGAAGGAAUAAGGAUUGUUGCCUCCACAGCUGUCCAGGAACUGAGAAUGUGGAGGGAGACCAUGCCAUUAACGAACAAAUGGUGGUUCCCAGUAAUUCCCUGCCUCUUGUGACAGUUCCCGCUCCAUCAUACAUCAAAGAGAAUGGCCUCGGGUGGGCUGAUCACUUGGAAGUACCCAUGAAACCAUACAAUCAUCAGUCGACCUGCUCAGAUUCUCCUUGUGUAUCUGAAUCAGGCUCAGACAUAUUCAGCAAGCGAGAAGUAAUACAGAAACUGAGGCAACAGCUUAAGAGACGAGAUGACAUGAUACUCGAAAUGCAGGAACAGAUAUUAGAGCUGCAGAACUCGCUUAACUCGCAGAUGUCACACUCCAGCCAUCUCCAAGCUCAGCUAGACGCAACAAACAGGGAU